AGGAGAGGCAGAUACAAGCAGGCAUGUUCCUCUGAGAAACGGAGUAAUUUUUUUAAAGUUAUGAUUUCCAUCUGAGGACGGAUAAAACCCGGGAGGUGAAUCCAGCUGGUGGCGUCCGGCGCGGACAGAUGAGUCCCCGGUGCCUCUAACGUCCCUCUUUGUUCGGCUCGUGGCGUCUCUUCGCCUCCGACAUGGACCGUUCAGAGGAGCACAGGUCGGACGACGAGGCUGAAUAUGAAGACGAGGAGGUGGACCCCAGAAUACAGGGAGAACUGGAGAAACUCAACCAGUCCACCGACGACAUCAACAGAUGCGAGACGGAGCUCGAGGAUGCGAGGCAGAAUUUCCGCUCCGUCCUGGUGGAGGCCACGGUGAAGCUGGAUGAACUGGUGAAGAAGAUCGGCAAACCUGUGGAGGAAUCAAAGCCUUACUGGGAGGCCCGUCGAUUGGCCCGACAGGCCCAGUUGGAGGCCCAGAAGGCCACUCAGGAUUUCCACAGGGCCACAGAGGUUCUACGGGCCGCAAAGGAAACCAUCUCCCUGGCAGAGCAGAGGCUCCUGGAGGAGGACAACCGUCAGUUUGACUCCGCCUGGCAGGAGAUGCUGAACCACGCCACUCAGCGGGUGAUGGAGGCAGAGAACACCAAGACGAGAAGUGAGCUCUUGCACAAAGAGACGGCGGCAAAAUACGCAGCAGCCACCGGUCACAUGAAGCAGCUGGAGAAGAAACUGAAACGAACCAUCAGCAAGUCCAAGCCCUACUUUGAGAAGAAGGCCAAGUACUACUUGCAGCUGGAGAACCUGAAGAAGAACGUGGACGAGCGGCAAGCCAAGCUGUCUCAGGCCAAAAGCGAGUACAAGACAGCUCUGAAGAACCUCGAGAUGAUCUCUGAUGAAAUCCACGAACGUCGCAGAAUGUCCAUCAUAGGCCCUCGAAGACCUGGAGUUGGUGCUGAGGGUGACAGCGUCUCUGGGGACGACAUCUCCAGCUUCAAGAUGGAGUCGGACGAAAUAUCAAUGGCCUCGGAGUGCUUCGACGAUGACCUGUAUGGUGGGGGGAGCAUCAUGUCGGAGGAAGACUCUGAGACUCGCUCCACCAGCAGCCUUGGUUCAACUCCCAGCAGCCCCCAGGAGCUCCUGUCACCAUGUCUCUUCGCCAGCUCCUCUUCCUCCUCCGGCAUGUCUUCCUCUGCCUCUCCGUCACCCACUCCUUCCUCGUCCUCCUCCACGUCCGGCCCAGCUCUUCUGUCCAGGCCCUGCAGCCUUGACCUUCCCAGCACCGUGUCACUGUCAGACUUUGGCCUCAUCUCACCGGUUCUCGGGCCUCGCAGCGAGUGCAGUGGGGCGUCGUCGCCUGAAUAUGAUCUGGAACGAGGCGACCGAGCUGAAGGUGCAGAGGGGGAUCUGGACAACACUCCGGUUGGAAACAGCAGCUCAUCUUCCAACAUCAAGAAAACCUUUAACCUGGAGGCACGCUUCAGCUUUCUCAACCUGCGACGCCCGCGAGCCAGCAAUGCCAAAAACAAGGACGGCUGCCCCCAGAAGAUGGAGCAGAAUGUCGUCUUCGUCAAAUGAGUCUGAGGAUCAAGACGGGGGCGGGGGGCCGUUAGUAAGUCUGCAUUUAGUCUCAUUCUAAACCAAAAACUCGAAGCUAAAGGCCGUUCGUAAGGUACCUACCACUACUCGGACCCAUCUCUAACAUAAACUCUGAAUGUGAUAGUUGAUGUAAAUUAAUCUUUCUGUACUUCAUGGCACCUUUUGGUGCACAUAUGGACUCAUAUGCCAGUUAGACAUUAAGCACUAUAAUGUUAAAAAAUGUUUUUGUUCUUUCUCCACUUAAAAAAAAAAAGGUUUUAGUCAUAAAUGCUGCCAACGUCCCAACCUGCUGUUACUGAUAGAAAUAGACGUUAUAGUUGAAUGUCCAGCACAUGGACUGCUGUAAACCACACCGAGGUGAUGUUCUGUUAACAGUUCUAAAACUAAAGUCACUCAGUGGAAGAAAAAGCUUUUAGUCUUCUGCCCUGUAGUUCUGUAUUUAUGUUGUACUUUCAGAUGGUAUGUGAUACUUUUUAGGAUUCAAAUGUUAAUAACUAAA